CUUUAAUGAAAAAAAAAAUAGUCUGCAGCGAUUGAUUGUAAUUAAUUGCAAUAUUUUUAUACAAAACAAUUAGUGUUUUUGAAUGUUUAUUGAUAAGUAAAAUAAAAAGUUUCUAUUUUUAAUCGUGUGUUAAAAUUAAGUGAAUCUUUUUUUUUCCUUUUUUUUAUAAUCAUUUGUCAUAUAUACGGUUAUUUAUUGUUUUUGUUCGUUCGAUUUCAUGUUACAAAUUGUAUAACAAGUCAUAACACGAUUUAUUAUCAGUUUUAAAAUUAAAAAAAAAAUAAAUAAAAUAAAGAAAAAUGGGCAAAAUGCGAAGAUCAUUGAGACUUACGAUGAAAAAUACAAAUUAUAAAAGUCCAUUGAAACGUUUGCAACAUGCAAAAGUAGGAAAACGACAAAUAGAAGAAGAUUCGUCUAGGUUAAGGCCAGCGAAAAAAUUGAAAUUAGUUGGACCAACAACGAAACGACAUAUAUUAAAUGUACCGAGUUUAGUAUCGAGAAGAAGUAGUGUUAUUAUUAUUAAUGAUGAAAAUGACAUUGGGCCAAAAACACCGGGAAAAAAAGGUUCAAUUCAAAAUGAAGCUGACGAUUCGGUUAUUAUUCUCGACGAUUGGCAUGAAGCAUCAGGAGAAAAUUCCACUCAAUCGAAAGUAAAUACAAAUCAAACGGAGGACAUAACGGUUGUUUGGUCAUCGGUUUCUGAUACAUUAAAAAAAAAUAAUGACUUUAUUCCACUUGAAGUUGAAAAAAAAUCUCAUUUAAAUGAAACAAAUUUACAAAUGUUAAAAGGUGAAUAUCCACAAAAAUGGUUAGGCGAUUGGUUAGCUGAGAGAAAAAUAGCGAGAAAUAAAAAUGCAAGAGAAAUUGCAAAAAGAAUACGUGAAAAAAAAAGAAAUACACAAAAAGCAGAAAAAAUUUUUAAUGAAAAAUUAGUGAAAACAAAGGAAAAAUUACCAUCAAUUGAAUAUGUUGAAAAUUCGGAAAUAAUGCAAGUAUUAAAAAUACCAAAUUUAAAGGAUAGAAAUGUGGAAAUUGUUCAAACAACAACGACAGCAGCAGCAGCGACAGCGACGACAACAACAACAACAACAAAAAUGACAACAGCAGCAACAAGAAUGGAAAAUGUGGAAAUUGAAAAGACGAGAACAAAUGGAAAAUUGAGGGAAAUUAUUAUCGAUGGACCAAACGUUGCAAAAGCGUACACGAGGGGAAAAUUUUUUUCCGAGACAGGCUUAAAAAUUGUUAUCGAUUUUUUUGUAAAUAAAGGUCACAAGGUAGUUGCAUUUAUUCCUCAACAUGUACGAAGUCGUAAUCGUAAUUUAUUGGAGGAUCUUAAUCGUCAGGGUUACGUUGUUUUUACGCCAAGUCGAAAAGCAGGUUCAAAAGUAAUUACACCCUACGAUGACAGGUAUAUAUUGGAAUACGCCACAAAAUGUAAUGGAAUAAUAAUAUCGAACGAUCAAUUUAAAGAUUUAUAUCAAGAGAAACCCGAAUGGCGUGAAACGAUUGAAAAUCAAAUUCUCCCACCGACAUUUGUUGGUGAUCAUUUAAUGUUUCCUGACGAUCCACUUGGUAGAAAUGGUCCAAAACUUGACACAUUUCUCAGACAUUCAAUCUAAAGAAAAAAAAACAAAGAAAAAAGAUUUCAAAAUUCUUUUUUUUCCUCAAAAAAACAAAUGAUUUUUUUUUUAUUUGAAAAAAAAAACGAAAAACAAAAAAAAUUUAAUAUAUUCCAUGUGAUAUUCUAAUCAUAUAAAUAUAUAUAUAUAUAUAUAUAAUUUAUUUAUAUAUAAUUUCACAAGGUAAAAAAAAAACAAAAAUUCAUCUCAUUUACGAAAAUUGAAUUUUUUUCUUAGACUAUUUUUUUGAAAAAUUCGGAUAAAGGAAAAAUUCUUCGAAAAGAAAAAACAUAUUUGUUCUAAAUAAUAAAUAUAUAUAUAUAUUUUUUUUUUUUGUAUAUAGAAAAAGUACAAAAAUGGAGAUAAGACGUAAGAAAUAAAUAAUUUUUAAGUUUUG